AUCACUUAAUCCACAAAUUACUGAGAGAUCGGGCAUUCAUUGUUGUUGCUCCAACCAAAUUUAUCAAAAAUGGCUGCAUUUACAUCUAUUUCUUCAUGUGAAGCUAACUCAUCAUUCUCAUUUCUUCUUCACAAAAACAUAACCAAAUAUCACCAUAAGUACACAAUUGGAAGGCCUAUGGCUUGCAAUCUUCAAACUGAUUCCUUCAAAUCUUUGAAGACCCAAGUUUCAAAUCCAUCUUCAGUAGAACCUGUUAUUCUGUCUGGAACCCCACAAAAACACCUAGAGUUAGGAUUUCAGUUUGAAGAAUACAUGAUUGGAAAAGCGAAACGAGUUAACCAGGCUUUGGAUGAUUCAGUUCCUUUGAGACAUCCAUUGACAAUUCAUGAAGCCAUGAGAUAUUCACUACUUGCAGGUGGAAAACGGGUUCGUCCAAUGUUGGCAAUUGCUUCAUGUGAAUUGGUAGGAGGAAAUGAAGAAAUUGCUCUGCCAAUUGCUUGUGCUGUAGAGAUGAUUCACACAAUGUCUUUGAUUCACGAUGAUCUUCCUUGCAUGGAUAACGAUAAUCUGAGACGUGGAAAGCCUACAAAUCAUAUAGUUUUUGGUGAAGAAACAGCAGUUCUUGCUGGUGAUGCUCUUCUCGCUCUAGCUUUCGAGCAUGUCGCUCCUCGAUUGGCAAAAGUUGUGUCAGCGGACAAUGUGGUUCGGGCCAUAGCAGAGUUGGGUGCAGCUGUUGGUUCAGAUGGGUUAGUUGCAGGUCAAAUUGUAGACAUAAAAAGUGAAGGAAGAGAAGUAAAUUUGAAAGAUCUGGAGUAUAUACAUGUGCACAAGACUGCUAAACUCUUGGAAGCUUCUGUAGUAUGCGGAGCCAUAAUCGGAGGUGGAAAUGAAAUGGAAGUAGAAAGAUUGAGAAGAUAUGCAAGAUGUGUUGGCUUGCUAUUUCAAGUUGUUGAUGAUAUUCUGGAUGUAACGAGAACUUCAGAUGAACUGGGGAAAACAGCAGGGAAAGAUUUGGCUACUGACAAGGCAACAUACCCUAAGUUGAUGGGGAUUGAGAAAGCUAAAGAAUUUGCAGAUGGGUUAGUGACGAAAGCUAAAGAGGAACUCUCUUAUUUUGAUGAAACCAAGGCUAGGCCUUUGUACCAUUUAGCUAACUACAUUGCCUACAGGCAGAAUUAGCUAGGAGAACCGCUUGGAGGUUCACUCCUUAUGCAUCCGAUAAUCGGGAAAACGGCUUUCCCUUGUCAUAUUUCAAGGCUCCUGAUAAGAGUGUUGUGUUGAAAGUAAUCUAAUCCUUUA